AUGCCCAUGAGGGAUCUGUGGCGUGGACUGUCAGAAGUUCGAAGAGGAUGGAGUUACUCUGUUGCUUUGCUGGAUUAUACCCAAAUCUUCUAUUCACGUUCAAUGCAAACUCACAUGGGAGGAGGAGGAGGCGAACCCGUUGAGAACCGAAUGGGAGCAUUCGUGUGGAACGACUCAGACGCCAUGAAGUUGUUCAAUGCAAAUCUACCAGUUUUCUAUAUACAGCCAUACAGGGCCUUCGAUCGGCAAGUCAUUCAAUCCGCAGUAUCGCUUUCUCUGCCUCAAAUUUGCAUGGUGGUUGCAUCGCCUCCGUACCCAAUUUUGCUGUCCAACUGCCAGGCUGGAUCCAACGAGAAGUUUGCGGCUAUUCGCGCUGCCACUAUAUCUUGUUUUGACGUCCAAAGUCCCUUUGAAAACAUGCAUUUGCCUGGGGCAUAUGCAUCGUCAUUUUCCUUAUCUACAUUUCAUAAACAAAUUCGUUCGCCCAGUGUGUCCGUUCCAUCGACAUCUAGCCUUGCUGGGGUCGUCCAAAUGUCUUCCUCUUCUACUCACGCUCGGCCAUACACUAAAAGCCACAAAGCACUGCAAGCUAAAAAACAAUCUGGAGGCGGAAGCAGCGGUACAUCGUCUAUAGCUGCAGCUCAGUUCUGGUGCUUAAAUACUCCAUUCACAGAUCUACCUACUCAAUCUCAACCAUCGCAUUUCGAAGACCUGGCAAUACAGAGCCCCCUUUUACCUCCCCUUUUGCCAUCGUGUAGAGGUAUCAACACCACUAUCAACGCUUGA